GCUCCUCUCCUCCAUGGUUGGUAGUGGGAGAACUGUGACAUCGUGGACAGGCGAGUCGGAGGGACUUGGGGUAGCGUGGAAUGUGGGCAGUGGGAUAGUAGGGGGAACUUCUUUUGCUUUUGCGCGGUGUUUUCGUUUCAUGUCGGUUUGCUGGGGCGCCGACAGCGGUGUCAUGUUUUAUGAACGGCCGUGAGCGUGUUGGUGCAAGGGUUCAAGGUGGUCCUCGCUUUAUGUAUCUUACUUUCUGACGGUAGUCGCUUCCGUACAGCACCUAAAUCGGGUUCUUCGUGACCCGAAGCUUGACAUGCAUAUAUAGGAUCGUCGAUGCGAAGCCAUGGCACGGAUCGCGUCGCGGCCAAUGACACUAGUGGCUGAGGAGGAGGGGAUCCAUUUGGCCUCCAACCGACGACACACAUGCGCGCCAACCGGUGUCUUGGCGGCGACCGCGUUCACCACAAGCUGGUGGGAGGCUGACAAUAAUAGUGGUCAGAGACGUGUGCCAGCCACGUCCGCUAGGCUGACAUUCUCAGUCAGGUAUAUCAGGGCAUCGCAAACGUACCCAAUGGCCAAACUCCUUCGCUCCUCCCCUCAUCUCCCCCUGGCUGCGUCGUCUGUGCACUCCGACUGUUCCGCUCUGUGCUUCGUGGUUCACCCUCCCCAUGUAUCAUCUCCGCAUCGUCCCUCCUGCCUGUCCAUUCAUCCUCGUCCAUGCAGUUUUCCGGUUCGGUCUCUUGCGGAGGCACCGAAGGGCACUGACCGUGUUACAUUGCCACUGGCCAGGGGCUGCCCGUCCGUCCGCAGGGCUGCGAGUGGCUUUCGGAUGAGCCGUUGCGUCACCGCAUGCAUCUUCGCAACGCGCCUGUCUUUGCCUCUUUGCCUGUCCAUCCACUCCCGCUCCUGUACUCCGUGGCGCGUAUUGACCGUUCCUAGGUGUGCGAAGGUAGGUGGUCUCGUUUUCCCCGUGAUUUGGGUCCUUCGUGUGCCUUCUAAUCGUGCAUGUAGUACCUUCCUCUGACGUCCAAGUUCCGUAGCACCAGAGGCUUGUGAUGCCUCUGCAUUCUGUACCAUUGAUGGACGAACACGCGCCGGUUGGUGCAUCUUCAACGCCUUCAGAGGAACAGAUUAUCCAUAGCAUUGUUGCAAUGCAGUUGAUAGCCCCAUUCCCCUGGCACA